AUGGCUUACAAAGAAAUUCAAGAAUUCCGAAAAGGGCACCAACAGUUGCACGAGAAGCUUGCACAUCAGGACCCACGAAAGCUCGGUCGCCGGCACGUGUCCCGCUUUCUGUCCGAUGCGUACUGCAAAGGUGUUGUGCGCGGACAGGUCGAGUGCUGCAAUUUGCGCGCAACAUAUGGAGAAGAUUACGCGGUCGCAGCCGAGUGCAUUCGCACGAGCAGCACCGUAAGCUUCCUAGGCGCGCAGUACUUGGGUCUCGUAGACCAGCUGGUGGAGGGACGCGCCAAACAAGCCCGCGCCAGAGCCUGCAGACUGAACAAGCGACAUUCGCGCGCUCGCCGAACGCUGCAAUCUGCCGACGUCGCGCUGCUGUACGCUCUACGCCCCACGCACCCGGACGUCUGGUAUCUCUCUCCCUAUGAACUCACCGUGUACUGGGAGAUCGUUCCCACGCGUGUCCCCAUGUCCCGGAACGAGGCCGACGACCCGACUGCGCGCUGGGACGUUACACUGCUACCUGGAGGCUAUGAGAAGCUAUGUUCGACCGCCGAAAGCAAAAUUGAGCUUGUGCCAGGUGCAGAUUUCACGCUUGCACGGAUGUCGUGUGGCAAGAUCCUCGUUUUCGACGACACGCCGGAAACGAACCAGGUGCGACACGCCUGGCUCCUACGUCGACGGCCACGAGCCGUGUGUCCACAUUUUGGUUUCUGUCCCACGCCUCGUGCGCAGGCGGAACACCGGGAAGAGAACGCACGCAUCACGGCAGUGUAUGUUCAUCCCUGGACGAUGCACUCGUCUGUUGCGGAGCAGCGUGUGCCACUCGCGACUGACGUGCGUGUCACGAGUGCGUCCUGGGAGGAUGCCCUGCGGCGCUGGCUGAAUGGAGGAAUUUUCUUGCAGCGGAAACGCGACCAGGAUGAGGCAGCAAACAGCGACGAUGCCGUUAGCGAUGCGGAAGUUGAGCUGGAAGCUGCAGACGUGCAAAACCUUUUCAGGCGGUCGGCGGCAGGCGGCUCCGGGGGCAUCGAGGACCUCGAAGGCGACGCAGGCGCGGACACAACCGCCGAACUUCCAUGCCUCAAUUACGAUUCGACGGCAGCGAGAAAGGCGGCAAAACGCGGCCAGCAAAGCAGCAAAGCACCAACCGGUGUGGGACUGUUUGAACCUCGGCGUGAAGAGAAUGUGCUAAGCAUGGAAGCUAGAAGCAUAGCAACAGAGGUCGGCCAGUGGUUAGAGAACGUGUCUACGCGUUGCAACGCCGAGCAGCACGCUUUUCUCCGUCUGGUGGCGCAGCGCAUCCUGCAAGAGGAGGCCUCAAUGGCCCUGAAUGGCAACCCUUUGUCCGCAGACACG